UGCCCAUAUGCAAAAAAAUAGUAAUAUGGCCUAUGGUUUCCAGUUCAGCCUCAGAAAGUUCCGAUUCAGAAUCUCUAGGAUGGCCAGUUUGCAUUCGUCGAAUAGAGCAUUGAGUUUUGAGUGUAAUAGAAUGUGUUUGAGUAUUUUAGACUUCCUUUUCCCAUCCAGUGAGGAUCGAAACCAAAUCCGCAUGGAAUUAGCAUUCCUGGGAUAAAAUAUAAUUUACUGAAACAAUAUUUUUUAUUUUUAAACUUCAGAGGUGAUAUUCAUGAUCAGCGUGAAAUUGCGCAUCGAAUGAUAUGUUUCUUGCAAUGAAAAUACACAAAAAGUUGUGGACCUAUCCUUGAGGGGGGCCUCAGGUCGGAAAAAUUGGUCAGACGACUUUUUCAAAAUGGAGUCCUGAAAUAUGUUCUCCAUGUUCGAUUUCAUAUAUCUGAGUGAUUUUCACCCAAAAAGAGAGAGAUCCAAAAAUGACCUUAACGCCACUUGUCCUUUGUGAAGUUUUCGCAAUGGAAAAAAUCAAAGAAAUUUAAACAGCGUGUUGCAACAGUUGCAGGUUAUUUUUGUUAAAAUAAGAAUAAAAUAUUGUGAAACAUCAAUGGAAUACUUAUUAUUAUAGAAAUAAAUUCAUAAAACAAUUUUUCAAGUCAUCUGUUAAUAGCUUUGAAUGUUAACGAAGUCUUAGCUUCAUAACGAAUGUUCCAAGUUGCUUCUUUAAAUCUUUUCUUUUGUUCCUCUCGUCUCGACAGCCACUAGAUACAGUGAUUUUCAAUUUCUUUACUGUAGCCUAUGAUGUCAUUUCAAUAAAAUAUUUAUCCUUGCUUUUUGCUACCUUACUGUGUCUCGCUCUUUGAGCCCUAAUUGGUAUGUGAAUGUAUUGGCUGAUAAAAUCAUAUAAUUAAAAAUUCCCUCUCAAACUAAUUUUUUCAUGAAUUAUUCUUUUCACUGACAUUAUGCAUCAUAAUCACAAGUGAUUUCUACUAAUAAAUAAUAAAGAAUAUUAAUCAGUGCUAUAUUUUUGUUAAUUUUGUAGCCAGAAAUAGUUCAUUUAUUGAUGUCAAGAAAUUUAGAGAUAAUGUACACUUUUUUUGUUUUUUAAAUUGUCAACUAUUUGAAUCUUUAUCCAACACAUCUAUUCAUUUUCGUGUAUAAGAAAAUAUGUCAGUACUCUAAAUAUGUGACUUUAGAUUAUUAUCAUUAAAAUGGAUCGAUGUGUUGAACAACUUACACGUGAGGAAUAGUUAUGGCAUUCAUCGCACUAUAAGAACGGUAAGAAGCCACGUCAUCAUGUUUUUUAAGCAAACGUCAGCAUGACACUGAAUUUUGCAUGUGGUUUAUCUCGUGUAAUUGCAUCAUUUAAUAAGAACAGUAUCUUCUAGUAUAAAUAAUCGAAAUUUCCACUUUUAUUCUGUAUAUUUAUCAAGUAUUUGUGCAUCAAUUUCUAUGAAAUAUAUUAUUUUUGGAUUAAUUGUGAAUAAAUAAUCAAUCGAUAUUUCAUAUUUAUUUUUCUCAACCAUGAAAGGUGUCAUUAAUGCCAUUCGAAAUUUAAUUCGUAGUUCAAUACAAGAUUCAUCUCAACAGAAUUUAACUAUUCACCAAUUAACAAUAAAUUCAUUAUUAAAUAAGCCAUCUACUGUUACACUGAUGGCUCAACCAUUUGAAGUUAUUGAUGUUACUACCAGUAAUAUUGACAUAAGAAGCGGAGCACCAGAAAAAUCUGAUGGCUGA